AUGUAUAAUCAGGCUUUGAUUGUCUUUCCCAUACUCGCAGCGGACCUACCUCCUAGAAAACACCAGGCCAAGAUAUUGGCCCUGCGACAUAUUUGGGUUAUCAUCAUAGAUGCCGCCCAAUUCUUAUUCGGCUCUCCAUCCUUUGGAGAUGUAGCGCAGUGCCGUUUCGGAGGCAGGCCCAGCUUGCUCCAUAUUGAUACUUUGACGAAGCAUGGACAUCCCAUUUUCACUCGUCUCGGCAGCAACAUUGUCAAAUUCGUUUGCAACUACACGCUGACGACAGGCUUCAAAUCAUGCAGCACACCUGACAAUAGGAGUUGCUGGCUGCGAGACCCAGACACAGGAGAAGAAUAUAAUAUAAACACAGACUACGAGACCAAUAUACCUCAAGGCAUCACCCGCAUAUACCAUCUCAACGUCACUGACGGGGAUAUCAAUGCGAACGGCCUAGAUUCAAACGGAGCUAAACUGUUCAACGACCUUUGGCCUGGGCCUCUUAUAGAAGCCUGUUGGAGAGAUGAGGUUGGGAUUCAUGUUCACAACAAGCUAGCUUACAACGGAACCAGUAUUCAUUGGCACGGUAUUCGACAGAAUCAGACUAUGCACAUGGACGGUAUCAAUGGAAUCACACAGUGUCCCAUCGCUCCGCAAAGCCACUUCGUGUACAAGUGGAAUGCCACGCAGUAUGGCAGCUCAUGGUAUCAUAGCCACUAUUCAGUGCAAUAUGCUGAUGGACUACAAGCACCUAUAGAAAUUCACGGACCAACAUCUUUCCCAUACGACGAGGCCAUCGAGCCAAUCACCGUGACUGAUUGGGCAAACAAUAGUGCGUUCGAGAAUAUCCAUCCGGGCCGAAAGCCGGAUAGGGAAGAUAUCUUACUGGGUGGGCUGGGAAACAUAGUCCGAUUCACGGGUGGCAAGACCGCAAACACGACUGAGAUCCCCCGAGGCUAUGAGGUCUGGUUCGACAACAUCAAGCCCAACCCUGCGACGCGGGCCAAGCGCUAUCUGUUGCGUCUCAUCAACACGUCUUUUGAUACCACCUUUGUAUUUUCCAUCGACAACCACAACUUCACUGUCAUCGAAGCCGACUUCGUUCCGGUCAAGCCAUUCAAUGCAACUUCGAGUCUCAUUGCCAUUGGCCAGAGGUGCCAUGUUAUCGUGGAAGCCACGCCAGUGGUCAACAGCUCGUACCCCUCUGCUAACCCAUUGCCCGAUGACGGCAACUACUGGAUUAGAACAUGGGUCGCCGACCGCUGCGGCGUUAUCUUGAAAUACAUAGGCGACAAGGAGAAUUACAUGAAAACGUGCAUCCUGCGAUAUGAAUAUACCAGCACCGUCGAGCCUAGCACUACAGCGUGGGAGGUAAGCCCGGACUGUUCUGACACAGCCAUCAAUAAUCAGAUCGUGCCCGUCGUGCCUUGGACAGUUGGAGAUGGUGCAUACGGCCAAAUAGCCGUACUCCUAGCCGACGGUUUGGACAGGGCUCCCUAGCAGGGCCCGGGCGGAGGGACGGAUACAGCUAACCGGUACAAACGUCGGUAAAGAAGCCGCUCCCUCCAUAGGUGCCGUCAGCUUUCCCAAGAUACUUGACCAUAUAAGCCUGGAAGCAUUCCAACGGCACUUACCCCGUGACAGGCAGUCGAGGGGAUAAUUUAGCUCAGUCGACAUCCUAGCUCGAGUCCUGGUUCGCCAAGACCGUUGCUUCCUAGUUGUUUGUCGAAACUAGAUUACAUGGUAAACAACUGGCCGGAUCACAACCCAUGCCCCCCCCCUCUCAGACCAGUCCCCACACAAUGGCUCUUUCAGCUGGUGUCCACUAGGCCUGCACGCAUAUCUCUCACCCAUUGUUUGUACUGGCAACAUGGACCCCGACCAAUCAGCGCCGGGGCUUCGGGUGGUGGGUGUGGUGACCGCAAACUAAGGCAUAUCAAGGCUUAUACGGUAAGGCUUACCCUGCGGACCGGUGGCGGCGCUGACUGCCAUUCCUUC